UUCGUACUUUAUUUUUCAAACUCAACAGAUUUCUCUCCUUGACACGCGAUCAUCUUUAUAUAUCAUCUCAAGACUCGAAUUAAUAUCCGUUUAAUUUAAACACUUUAUAUUUUCGUUAAUUGUUCGCUAUGGUUCGGACUCGAAAAGAAAGAAAAGCAGCUACGGUAAAUGAGAUCAAACUAGCUCAUCCCGACCGAUCUGCUGUUCCCAGCGAAAAUACAUUAUUAAAGCUCGCCCAGGACCGCGAUCUUUUCGAACAAGCUGAGAAAAAGCAAAGGAAAAAUGAUGGAAAUGACGAUGAAGACGAAGAUGAAGAUGAGGAACUAUUGCCUCCAACAGUUGAUAGGGCUAUGGAUGCAGUUCUUUGGAGUGCUAGUUUAGCCAUGCUACAUUUCACACUCGAUGUGCUUGUACAACAUCAAUAUGCCAUCUCCAUCAUAUGGCCUCAAAUUAUAAUCAGAGCAAUACAGGCCUUUUUCGGUAAGAUUCUGUUAUUAAAGCGAUAUAGCUAAAGAGGAAUAUUAGAACUAAGACGAUAUUCAUAUAUAGUAUUUCUCUUACUGGUCUGGGUGCUUCAUCCACAUAAAUCUGUCCCAGUCUUCUUCCCCGGACUACCGGUGAGAUUCCAAGCCCCACUACGGCAAGCUAUCUUUUUCGUUGCGAGUAUCUGUUCGGGCUGCUAUUUGAUUCACAUCUCAAAUAGGUACGGAU